AUGAUUGUUAAUUAAAUUUAUUAACCAGUUGAAUUCAUAUAUUCAUAUACGAUAGGAGGAAAGUAAGAGUAGCAUUUGCAGUUAAAAAAUUAAUUACCUUAAAAGAAGCGAAAUCUUACAGAUGAAGAUAGAAGAAAAAUAAAAAAAGAAAUAUAAAAUGAGUUUAAUAAAAAGAAAAUUUUAAAGAAAAAAAUUCAUAAGCAAAUUAUUAUAAAAGUAAACCAUAAAAAAUACUUAAAAUUGUAUAAGAAUAAGUUUUUAUUUGUAGAUUUAAUAAACUAAAGGCCAGAAAAAAUAAAGUGAAAAAACUAUCAUUAGGAAAAAAAAAUAAAAAUCAUAAAGAGAGAAAGAAUCUUUGAAUU